CCUUCUUGCCCGCCAGGAGAACUACGACGAUCCCCACAAGACGCCUGCUUCCCCGGUGGUUCACAUCCGGGGGCUGAUCGACGGCGUUGUGGAGGCCGAUCUCGUGGAGGCUCUUCAGGAAUUUGGCCCUAUCAGUUACGUGGUGGUGAUGCCCAAGAAGAGACAGGCCCUGGUGGAGUUUGAGGAUAUUCUCGGCGCCUGCAACGCUGUGAACUACGCAGCGGACAACCAGAUCUACAUUGCCGGUCACCCUGCCUUCGUUAACUACUCCACCAGCCAGAAGAUAUCCCGUCCUGGGGACACGGAUGACUCCAGGGGCGUCAACAACGUUCUGCUCUUCACCAUCCUCAACCCUAUCUACUCGAUCACGACGGACGUGCUCUAUACCAUCUGCAACCCCUGCGGCCCUGUGCAGAGGAUCGUUAUCUUCAGAAAAAACGGAGUCCAGGCCAUGGUGGAGUUCGACUCCGUGCAGAGCGCGCAGCGAGCCAAGGCGUCCCUCAACGGGGCUGACAUUUACUCUGGGUGCUGCACUCUGAAGAUCGAAUACGCCAAGCCCACGCGCCUGAACGUGUUCAAGAACGACCAGGAUACCUGGGAUUACACAAACCCCAAUCUCAGUGGACAAGGGUCGCAGUGUAUGUUUGAUGGGACGCCAUCUUUCAGAACUCCUCCCCCGCCGCCGCCCCCGGAUUACGGCCCCCACGCCGACAGCCCCGUCCUCAUGGUGUACGGCUUAGACCAGUCCAAGAUGAACUGCGACCGGGUCUUCAACAUCUUCUGCCUCUACGGAAACGUGGAGAAGGUGAAGUUCAUGAAGAGCAAGCCGGGAGCAGCCAUGGUGGAGAUGGCGGACGGCUACGCCGUGGACCGGGCCAUCACCCACCUCAACAACAACUUCAUGUUCGGGCAGAAGCUGAACGUCUG